AAUGGGCUUCUUGUUCAGUAAGUUCAUUGAACUUUUUAGUUGCUUUCAGACUUCACCAGGACACUGCUMAUUUUAACCAUGAAAACUGAAAACGUGCUGUCGAAGACGGAGCUCAUUUCCUGUUGCUCGGUGAUUUCAUCGUCAGUGAGCGAGUCGCUGAAUAUUCAUUGAAAAAGCAACGGGACUUCUCGCUUUACGACACACACACACACAAGCGCGUCCGUGACCGUGCGCGUGGUGGGAACGGUGGCAAGAUGGCGGCGCUGAAGGAGGAGCAGUGUUACGGACUGUCCUGUGGAAGAGUGAGCAACGGCAAUAAUGUCACCGUCUUCCACGUUAAACUCACUGACAGCGCGCUCAGGGCGUUUGAGGGCUUCCAGGGCAGCAAGGUCCUGUCCUCCCAGCCCUUCAUUAGAUUUGAUGGAAACCAAGGGAAAAUUUCAAUACCACGGUCAGAAAAUUCCAGCGAACUGCAAACGUUUACUUUUGACUUGUCCAAUGUGGGCAGAGAUAACCCUCAGGGCAGCUUUGACUGCAUCCAGCAGUACAUUACCAGUAAAGGGAGUAUUCAGCUGGAUUGUUUGGGCACUAUUCAGGACAAGAUAACAGUACGAGCCACUGACGACUCCUACCAAAAGGCCAGAGAAAGCAUGGCACAGGUGGAGGAGGAGACUCGCAGCAGGAGCGCCAUCGUCAUCAAACCUGGAGGAAGAUAUGUAGGUAAGAAGGUGCAGAUCCGGAAACCGGCACCUGCCCUCUCAGAUGUCGCCCCUUCACGGAGGACGUCUCGACCCGUCCUCAUCUCCAGCAGUACGUUGAAGAAAGGCAUGACGCAGAACCGGCCUCUCCGUGAGCGCCUCGUACACCUGCUGGCCCUCAAGCCUUACAAGAAACCUGAGAUGAUCUUGAGGUUGCAGAAGGAUGGCCUCUCRCUGAUGGACAAAGACUCUCUGGACAGCCAUUUGCAGCAGGUUGCCAACCUGAAUGUGAAAGAAAACACAUUCACUCUGAAGGACGUUAUGUAUAAGGAAAUCCAAAAGGAUUGGCCAGGAUACACAGAAGGAGACCAGCAGCUUCUCAAGAGAAUUUUAUCUCGGAAACAGAACAGUUCUGCUCCUGUUCCAGAGAGUCCUCCCAAAGAGCUGCCAAGCAGUUCUCCAAUUCAGAAACGUCCUGCUGCUGACUUUAUCGACCCUCUCGUCAAUAAAAAGCCGAGAAUAUCACAUCUCACCAACAAGACUGCAACGGCCCCAGUAAAUGGCAAGCUCAGCUUUUCCAGCAGCAGAGGAGAAACGGGUGGCGCAAAGUCAGUUGGGUCUGUGUCUGACGGCGGCGUAACGUCCAGCUCGCAGCCGCUUCCUGUGCUGGACAUCCCUCGUCCUUUUGAAGCGCUGUCUGACGUCAGCAAUGACUCGAGCCACAACGGACGCGAGUGUGACUCUCAGGAAACGGCCGUGUCCGAGAGGCUCAGCCAACCGCCUUCAUUCUGUCCUGCAUCAUCUGUGGCUCCUGCACCCAGCAUCAGCACCUCCUCGACUGGACACACGGUGCUGAAGGGCCCACAGCAGGACAAUAGUUCCUCCUCCUUAAACAACAAAACCAAAAAGAAGUCUAAAAAACAUAAAGACAAGGAGAAGGGGAGAGGAAAGGACAAGAAGAGUGGCGAGGAGUCCCACGCUGUCUUUAAGAUGAGCCCAAGAGAUCUAAAGAACAGUAUUCCACUCAAAAGCACAGAUCUGAAUGGAAUGUGCAACAGUACCAGUAUUUCUUCAUCACCUGAAGUAGCGGACUAUUUAUUGAAGUACACAUCGAUUAGUUCUCCAGAGCAGCGUCAAAGUUAUAAAAAUGAUUUCAACGCGGAGUACAGCGAGUACCGAAGUCUGCACGCUCGAAUAGAGGAAAUAACMCGUCAGUUCACCGUGCUGGACAACGAGCUGAAACAACUUCAACACGGCACAGACAAGUACACGACAAUCCACAAUCAGAUACUUCAAGAGUAUCAUAAAAUAAAAAAGACUAAUCCAAACUAUAGCCAAGAGAAGAACCGUUGUGAAUAUCUUCACAGCAAACUGGCACAUAUAAAGAAACUUAUUGCAGAGUACGAUCAACAGCAACUUUAAAAGUAGCUACUAGACACUGCUUUUCCUGAUAUCUCUGGAAUCCAGGCAGAUAAAGGAAAAAUCUGCUUCCACUUAGAGAAAUCUGUUUUUGUCACCGGGGCAAAAAGAAGCAGUAGAGGGGUCUAGACUUUUUUUUUUUGUUGUUCUUUUUAAAGAUGUGGCGAUGCCCACUCUGUCCAGGUCUGAGAGUAGAUGGAAGUGGAUCCAGAAUGAGCCCAUCUUGCCUUUUAAGUACACAGAGGUCUGAAUCACAGUGGGGGAUUUUCUACUUUCCUGGAGGAUUUUCUAAAUAACCCUCCCUGCUUUUGAAAGAGGAGGAAAAGUGGCUCUGAGGUUAAAAACUGCACCGUAACGCAUCUGUUACGAUUUUAGUUUUUGCCACACACCUGCAUUCUUAUGAGGCUGGAUGUCGUUCUUGUUAUUUAUUUUUCACUUCAUGGGAGGGUGAAUUUGUUUCCCUCUCAGUAAAAGUCAUUUCUUAAAGCUGUUUCUCAUGUCCUCAUCCUGGAUGCCUGCCAGUAUUUAAGUCAGAAAAUGCCUUUCUUGUGUAAUUAUCAAAACUGUUGACAAUAGCUUUUUUUUUUUUUUAAAGAAUAGACGAGUGUUUAAAAAGAGAAAAUAAGCUCUGACACUUUUUUUGUGUUUUGGCUUUUCUAAAAUGAUAUGUUAAUGUUUAGUUUUCAGUUUCUGGAGCUGCAGAUUUUCCUUAAAGCCGUCUGCUUCGUGGAGAUGAGCAGCAGCGUUCCUCGUUGGUUAAAUAGUUCCUUUAAAAAACACGUAUUUGGCUCUGAUUUGUUUAUAAUCUGGGUGCACAUCUCAUUUUUCCAAUUUCCAAAUCGAUCUAAUGACAGUCWUGUUUAGAACUAGUUUAUUGUGUCUAAAAAACAACAGGUAUUUUGUUGAUUUGUCCCAUUUUGAGGCGACUGUUAAGAUGAAGCCAUCUUUGUUCAUCCUCCCAGUGAAGCCCGUCUCCAUGGAGGACCUGGCCUUUUUCAAAGCCACGUCACUCAAAGAUCUAUCCCGUCUGAUCUGACACGCUGCAGGGCGACUUGGAUUUAUCAAUGAAUGUAUUUCUUAUAUACAGUUUUUGUUAUUUUUAUGUGAAUAUGAAAAAAAAAUCAGCACUUUUCUCCUGAUCUUGCUGUUACUGARGCGGGGUUUCCCCAAAUGACACUUUAUCUCUUUGUCCUACAGAAUGCAUGCUAAAUGAAUGUUAGUUUUUUUUUUUUUUUCUCAGAGGGAUGAUAGUAAGAUUUAAUCCUGAAUAAGUUGAUCAAUUCGACCUGGCUCUGACCAGCAUGUGUACCGAAGUGCUUAUUGAUCAGGAAAUGUUGGCGAAGAGAGAUGCUGCAGUAUUCUUUCCUUCCUCGUAUUUCCUCACACUGUUUUAAAUUCUGAUUAGUUUUUUGAAAAGAAUUAAAAAUAAACGCUACGUUAAGUUCACCACUGGAGCGUGAAGAACAUCAGUGUUGAAUUCUGCUGGAUCUUCUGUGAAGAAUCGACCUGUUCAAUUCAACAAAGACUCUUCGUCAUUCUGCCUUUAGUUUUCCAUCAACAUUCACACACUGUUGUCGUGCAUCUCUGCUGCACUUCCAUUCUGAGUUUAUCAGGAAGUGAUGAUAGGAGCCAGCAGGGAGCAAACUGUAAGGAUCUGCCAGCACAGUGCCACUGUAAACUGAUUGUGCCAAAAUACCUUGAUGUAUACUUCUUUUUUGUUGUUUAAUUUUCCACCAGUUUAUUAAUGCUGCUGUUUAAGCAAUGAGGGCUUUGAAAGAGAUAUAAAAUGUUGACGCUAAAAUCCAAAGUAUGUCGAUUCAUUUUUUUUUCUUUUUGACAACCAUAAGGGACUUAAAGUGAUUUUCGAUUCAAUAAAAUUCUCUCAAACCCUUGUUUGGGAAAAUGUGAA